AUGUGGUGGAGAAUACAUGGUAAUUAAAAUAUUAAACAAUAUGUAUUGUUUUUGGUGUCUUAAGGUUUAUCAUAUUUUAAAUAUAAAUAAAUAAAUUCAGAUAUGUUUUUAAGGAACAGAUUGCAUUCUCUACGCAAAUUAGCAUAAUUUUGCACAGCUGAAAGUGUAUCAGGAAAGAAGACUCCUUCAACAUAAGCUCAAUAGACAAAAGUAGAGAGAAAUUUCUAAUUACAAUUCUCAAAGUCAGCAUUAGUGGACUUUGGAGAAUUGCCAACAGGAGAAAUACCUGAAGCUUUGAAGUAUGAUAGACCUUAAGGUAAAGAUAUAUAUUGAAAUUUAAGCCUUGACUUAAUUAGAUAGUGGUUUGAGAGUAGUGUCUGAAUAAUAUAAUUCUCCAUUAGCUUCAAUAACAGUAGCUGUGAAAGCAGGAUCAAGAUUUGAAACUUUAGAAAGUUCAGGAGUUUCAAACUUUAUUUCAAAAUUAAAUUUGAGAGUAGGAAUAAUUAAUUAUGUUAGGGUACAACAACAAGAUCAAGAGAAUAAGUUGAAGCAGAAAUUGAUUAUUUGGGAGGAUCUUUAAAAGUUAAAUAAGGAAGAGAAUUAUAGACUUACACACUAACAUUUUUACCAUCNAAAGACAUAACAUUUGAUUUUGAAAAAUGA